UAUGGUAGUAGGACUGUUCUGGGCUUGAUGGGGGAGUAACAUACUUCAGCUGACAUGAAAUUGCAUGUUCUAUGGACUCUUAGACCUGUUGAAAAGAAAGAAAUUCCAUUAUGCACUAUGACAACUCCCACCAGAGGAAUACAGAAGGUGUGGCAAAGGGAUGAACAUCAAACCAGAAAUGCAGGAAAACGUCAUCCAGAGACAUUCAGCCAGCAAAGCAGCAGCACAGAUUAACCCAAACAUUUCACAGAUGAUAGAUAGGUUUUGUCGAAGCAAAGCUGCAGUCGUAAUCAUUCAAAGUUUUCUCUGAAGAAAGACUUAGCUUGUUCUUCAGGACUUUCUCAAUAGAACGGAGUCUCUGCAAAUCUCUGUGUGCAGAAAUGGCUGCUAACGAAGGGCUAAUGAAUGAGGAUCAGUUUUUGUGCCCCAUCUGUCUGGAAGUGUUCACUGAACCAGUCGCCACACCAUGUGGACACAACUUCUGCAAGACCUGUAUCUCUAGAAACUGGGAUAUGAAUGUCCCCAACCAGUGCCCAGUGUGUAAAGAGCUUUUUCUCACAAGACCGAAGCUACGUGUCAACACACUGAUCUCUCAGAUGGCUGCUCAGUUGAGACAGACGGCUCAACAGAAACCCACUCACUCAGAGCCACAACCGACCCGAUCAGAGGGCAUUACCUGUGACGUCUGCACUGGAACCAAACUGAAGGCCCUGAAGUCUUGCCUGGUGUGUUUAGCCUCCUUCUGUGAGACUCACCUGGAGCCUCACCUGACAUUCAGCGGUCUGAAAAAUCAUCAGCUGAUUGAUCCUGUUGAGGACCUGGAAGGCAGGGUGUGUAAGAUGCACCAUAAGCCUCUGGAGCUGUUCUGCAAGACCGACCAUACGUGUGUCUGUAUGCUCUGCAUGCUUUUAGACCACAAGACACAUGAUGUGGUUCCUCUGAAAGGAGAAUAUGAAGGAAGAAAGACACAACUAGGGAAGCUAGAGGAUGAAAUCCACCAAAUGAUUCAGGAGAGGCAGCUCAAGAUAGACAGUAUCACGCGUACAGUGGAGCUCAGUAAUAAAGCGGCAGAGAAAGAGAUAGCAGACGGGGUUCGGGUCUACACCGCUCUGAAGGAGUCUGUUGAGAGCGGCCUGGCGGAGCUCAUCGACACAAUCAAAGCCAAGCAGAGACCGACACAGAAACAGGCGGAAGGCGUCAUCCAGGAGCUGGAACUAGAAAUUUCUAAGCUGAUGAAGAGGAGUGCUGAGUUGGAGCAGCUGGCCCGCUCCGAAGACCACCACCACCUCAUUGAAACCUUCCCGUCCCUGAAGGUCGCUCCCCCCACCAAGAACUGGAUAGGGGUCCAUGUCUGUCUGCCAUCAUAUGAGGGGGCUGUGGGGAGAGCUGUGGAUCAGCUGGAGAGGACCCUUUGUAGAGAGAUGAGGAAGGUCUUGAAGGCGGAGCUUGAGAGGGUCCAGCAGUACGCGGUGGAUGUGACUCUGGAUCCACGAACAGCAAACCCCUGGCUCGUCCUGUCUGAGGACGGAAAACAAGUCCGACUGGGUGAGGUAUAUAAAGAUCUCCCAGAUAUUCCAGAGAGGUUCUCUUUUUAUGCCAGUGUUUUAGGAAAGCAGAGUUUCACUUCAGGGAGGUUUUACUACGAGGUUCAGGUCUCAGGGAAGACUAAGUGGGAUUUAGGAGUGACCAGGGAGUCGAUCGACAGGAAACGCCAGAUCACCAUGAGCCCUCAGAACGGUUACUGGACGGUGUCUCUGAGGAACGAGAGCGAUUACAAAGCUCUGGAUGACGAGCGGGUCAGUCUCUCUCUGAGGUCUCAGCCUGAGAAGGUGGGGGUGUUUGUGGACUAUACGGAGUGUCUGGUCUCCUUCUACGACGUUGAUUCUGCAGCGUUCAUCUACUCCUUCGCCGGCUGCUCCUUCACUGAGAAACUCUACCCAUUCUUCAACCCCUGCACUAAUGACGGGGGUCAAAACGCCGCCCCUCUGAUCAUCAGCCCUCCGCCUAAAGUCAAGGUGGACUUAUUGCGACUUUACUCGAGAAUGCGAAAGAACCCGUGAUUAACAAAACAUUUGAAGAGCCUCGGACACACUGGAAACGUGUUUUCUUCUGGACUUGAAUCUGGAACUAAGGAUUGUUCUUUGUGUUGAGGCCGAUAGCAGCAGGGGGUCCAUGAUUAGGAAUACAGUACAGCUGAAGAAAGAGCAGUUCCACCAUGAAGAUGUUCCCUCUUUUUGGUUUUGCAAAUUCAAACUUCUUGAUAUUUUUCAAAUUCAUGGAGACUGCCCUUAGGUUAUUUAUGCAUACAUUAUAAAUGUGCAUGGAAACAGACUGAUUGAAAUGUACCUACAGAAUAGACCUGCAGUGUAAUAGAGGAUGUACACAUACAUUCAUCAUUCAUCAUAGUUCCUUUAACCUUCCUUUUGUCCUCGGGUCAACUUUGACCCUUUUCAAAAUGUUUCAAUAUAACAAAUACGGUUUUUUUCCUGUCAUUGAACAGUUGGUGUUUUAUUCAAAUUUAAAGCAUCCAUAGUUUGCUAUUUAAGUUUUUCUACCUAAAAAAUGACAUAAAAUUUCCCCAAAUUAGGUCUUUUGUCCAUAAAUUCAGAAAUCCGAAGUAAAAUUGGUAUUCAUACGUUGGAAUUAAGUUGACUCAGACGUUGUUGGAGCAGUACGACACAAACUCUACGCGUUCAGAAGUUGCAUUAUGGUUGGAAACACAAAGGCUAAGAUUUUUUUACUGUUUGGUAAAACUGGUGUAUUUAGAAAGUAAGUGGAAAUGAUAUGUAUUGUAAAGGAUUGUGUAGUGUACAUAGUUUCUGUAUUCAUGGUGACAUAUUAUAAAUAAAGGACACCAAAGUA